UCCUUUCUCGUUUUUGGUCGCAUAGCAGCGUCAUCUAUCGAAGAAGAAUCGCCAGAAAGAAUCUCAUCUUCUGAAACUCCCUUGAGUUGGUACUGGUGUGAUACAAGGUGGGGAAAGGGCGAAUCGAUGUCGAUGCCAUGGCUCGUCGUCUGAAGAACCGUGAGAGGCAACGUAGAUACAGGGCACGCAAACGCCUCGAAUCAGAUACGAAGAUCGGUUCAAUUGUGGU